AUGCGCGCUAUCCAAGGACACGCGCCGCGCCUCAGUCUGGCGGGAGGCAGCGCCGCGGCCGCCUGCCCUCUCGGACAUUACCUCCAUGUCCCACGAUGCGGAGUGCCGCAGUGGCAGACGCAAAGUGUACCACCGCCUCCACUAGAACCACCAGAAGAUUCAUUACCAGAUAUUAUAUCCUGUUCUAUUGCCAAGUCAACAAAAUAUUACUCGGAGCUUAGUGACGUUGACAUUCCCGGAUAUAUAGAUUUUGAAAGGGAUAAAAUACUACAAACCGAGCAUGAACACGGCUUAUUACCGACUACUUCUACAUUGAAGAAAGCUCAAAGAAGAGUCAGCUUUAAUCUUAAUACGACGAAGGCUGAAUUUGAAAGCAAUGAAUCGUGGUAUGAUUCUAUCUAUGGAAUAUCUGAUAUAAUGAUAUCGCCUUCGGUGGAAAAUAUAAUUGCGGACGUAGAUGAAAAUCUUGACGAUCAAGAUUAUUAUCCGUCUUGGUCUGAAAUACUAAUGGAGUGCGAAGUAAAUCAUAGUAAUAUUCAAAGUAAAGAAUCUUCACUGACAAGUGAAGAGCCUCCAGAGAACGAACUGCAGAAGAAUUCAGACCGCGUGCUUUCUGAGCACGAAUUGCGAGUCCAGAGGUCAUUGCAGAAGCUCAAUGUGCCGGAAUGGUACAAAAACGCACCAGCGCCCCGAGAGGGCUUCCUUCUCCGCAAACGACUGUCUGAUGCGUCCGCUUCGGCGGCGCGCUGGAGCGGACUUAACUCGAAGACUACAUCGCUGGGCAGCCUUGGAGGGAACCAGCAACCACCCCCACCCCAGCUAUCACCACACACCACCAGCUUCGGCAGAUGGUCUACUAGCCGGCUUAACUCUAACCAAACAUCCCCGUGCUCAUCAACCCGAAGCAGUAUUAGGGGCACGAGUCCUUUGUGCUCGCCCUCAGCGCGGUCUUCAUUCAGCGCGCGACAGCCCUAUCUCGGCUGGAGAAGUCAGGAGCGGCUUAACAGCACACCGCGAACACCACAUGAGAGGCUAGCAUCUUCAUUACUGCAGUCCACACCAAAAUCAGAGGCGUCUGAGGCGUCGAAAGCAUCAGAAGAGAUUCAGACUUCGAUCAAGGAAGUGACAUCAGCGAUUGUACACUACGUGUCAGGAUUGGAGCCUGCCAACGGUGAUAUCGACAGGCAACCUUCACCGAGGUCCAGUCAGAAGUUAUAUUGGCUCGAGAGCUCCUUUGUUGGCACGAAGCCCCUAGAGUCGCCGCAGACGCCACUGGUGGUGUCGGAGACCGUGACGCAGCCGCGGCCGCCGUCAUCGCUGCGCCUCGACCACCGAGCCGCGCCGGUACCUAGGUACCUAAUCACAGUGCAAGACUGGCAAGAUUCCCAACGUUCCCUGAACUUAGGUAUCACACGACCGUCUCCUGGCUCCACUACUCUCGAAGACGUUUUGGACUCGCUCUUGGGGUUGCCGUCACAGCCAGCGAGGAUACCUACGCCUCAGCCCAGUCCUAGGAAGGCUUCAAGUCCCUAUUAUUUGAUGGGUGGCAAGAGUCCUCGGUACGAACAACUGGCCAGUAGCGGGCAUAGCAGCGCCUCCCCUGCUUCGCGGUUCCUGGGCACCCCCAGCGAAGGGCACAGCUCUAUCACGGACAGCCCCGAACACGACCGACCAGGCAAGGAUACAGUUGAUAACCUGGGCGCCAUGCAAGAAUCGAGACGGCCACGUUCGGUGCAAGGCGAGCACUCUCGACGGAGAAGUGAGCCCUUUGCACAUACGAGUGUGUCUCUCGACCGGCGUACCAGCCUUGAUGCCGCAGCUUUACGCCCAAACGAUGCUCACUUAACUCACCACGAUUCCAGAGCUUCACUAGCUUCUUUGCAGACUGAAAAUAGUACUGACGAAGCCUUCGUCAAGUGUAAAUAUCCAAAAUGUCCUUCUCGAGCCCCAUUCCCUGAUGCCAAACGACACUACAAGACUUGUCAUAAUUGCACUACGAUGUAUUGCUCAAAGGAAUGCCGCAGGGCACAUUGGGAAAAGCAUAGGAAAGUUUGUUUACACACUCGCGCAAGCACUCUAUGCAGACAAAUCAUAUCAGCGGCAAAGGAAGACGCCGACGCUUUGCAUCAAAUUAGCACCAUAGCUCACAAAGGCUACUUAGCGCUAGGAAGAGGCGUUGUUAAAGUAUUCUUUACAAGUCCAGAAGCUGCAGAAAAGUUCACCACGCACGGCUACCAGUAUUUAAGUGAGCCAGAAUUUAUGAAGUGGACGUCUCUGCAGCCGAAUGAAAUGGGUGUUGAAUUAUACACAGAAGUAGUCAAACUUUGUAAAGCUUACAAUCCUGAGACGAGAGUGAUUUUAUAUGUGGCUGUGUGUAUUAUCAGUGAAGUGCCGACAAAAGGUGCCGUGAAAUGGGAAAGACAAAUGGUGUCAAGAUGUGCCAAACUACGUCUCAGUAAAACCGUUACCGCUGCCAUACAAGAACAAAAUAGAAGGCGACAUAGAAGAGACAGCAAGUCCACCCCAGAAGAUAGAGAAACCCUAAUACUAACUUCUAAAUUAAGUAACGCGGGUGAGAAAAACGCAGCAACAGCGCACAAGUUUCGACAAAUAUGUUUCCAAAACAUAUCGAAAGAGCUCGAAAGUAGAGGAGUGAAUUUGAAAAAGCAUUUCCCUGAAGUGUAUUCGAGAUUAGGGGCUUACGUGGACGGUACGAGUGAUAGGUUUAUACCUAUGACCAUUUACCCUAAAGAUGUGUCGAGUGGGAAGUCAUUCAUGUGUGUGAUCAUGCCGGAUAGUGAAGUAGAGAGCGUAACACCUGUAGAUGGUAAAGUAACAACAGUAGAUGUAGGCGUAGAUCGGUCACGACACCAGCUGUCUACUCCCAUGUAAGAAUGUUGCAUGAAUCGUAGCUCGUUACAGUAUGCCGGGAAUGGCAUGUAACAUAAUAUCUACCAAUAAUGGUAGCAAUGAAAAAGACAUUAAUGGUUAUUGGUGAUGAUGUAUUUCCCAGUACCAGUUCUUCUUAAAUAUUAUUUAAAUUUUAAUCUCCGAAUAUGAAUCUCGUGUGUGAAAUAAAAGUAAUGUUAACGUGCCCUUAAAUUGUAUUAUGAUUAAUUAUUAUUUUAGAUAAAUAUAUGAUGCUACAAACAUGCCUAUUAUAAAUAACGCGUCUUAAAACUGAGCAUGGUUUUUAAAUAUAAAUAAAUAUCUAUGUAAGUUUUUGAAUAAAUUGUGACGAGAUGUGGGAAAACAUUGUCUCGCAAGUCAAGCAAAAAUUAAAGCUAUUAAUUAUGACGCGUGUAAAAUAAAGUUUUUCUAACUUUGUACAAAAGAUAAAGAUUUAAAUGAGUAUGUAUCUGCUGGCUUUUAGAAAAUGAUAUGGGAAAAUAUUGUAGGAGUAGGUCACUACAAUCUUUUUGAACAAAGUUAGUUAAAACUAUAUACAUAAUUAGAUAAAUAGAUACACAAACACAGUUGUCGUGUCCCGAACAGUGCUUAAUAAUUACAUAUAUGUAUAACAUAAUAAUAUAUUAUUCCAUAUUUACCUCUUGUUAAUUUCCCGUUACUAAAUGUGCACUUAUGUUAAAUAAAUAUUAUUUUUUAAGAAAAAUAUAAGUCGUUGUGACGUGUGUUAUAAAAGUACAUUUUUAUUCUAAGGAUUUAGAGAUUGUUUCUACAAUUUUGACAAUAGUUUAAAUUAUAAAAUUAUAUUUAUUGCGAAGCCAUUAUAGGCACAGAGGGAUGUAUUUAAGAUUUUUUUAAAGAGAUGGAAUAUGCUUUUUAUUAUUCAGAAUAAAGUGAUUUUUUAUACAAAGCGUAAGCUUGUAAUGCAUGAGCGACUAGUGAGAAUAAAUACAAAUAAAACAAUUCUAGUGUUUUGUCUUUAGAUAGAUGAUUCAAUUAAGAUUUUUUUAAUGGAAAAUUUACACGUUUAGGUAUUUUUAGCAAAAUAUUGUUUUAUUGUGUGUACGAGUCGAUUGUUUUAAGUAACAAAAUGGCUCACACUUGUUUGUAAAGUGAUGUGGCGUAUUAGAAGACAGUUAACAG